AGUACAGUGCAAAGAAGGUUGUUGUGGAAUAAACCUGCAAACAUCAUGCAGUGUGUUCAUAGGAGAUCUCUCAGUGAGAAGUAACAUUCAGGCAGUGCCUCUUGGAGUGACAAAAGAGAUCCUGCUGUUGUCUUGCUCUACAGAAUACAAUGAACAAGAUGAAAACGUUCAAGCGCCGCUUUUCCCUUUCAGUUCCCCGGACAGAGACUAUUGAGGAAUCCCUGGCAGAGUUUACAGAGCAGUUCAACCAACUCAACAACAGGAAGAAUGAAGAUAUGGCACAAGGACAUUUGCAUCUGGGUAGCCUGAAUAGGGACAUCCAGAUGCAGCCCAGUUCUGCCUCACCUUUGGAAGGCCGGUCCCCGACUCCCGUGCAUUACCGAAAUGGCAACCAGCGCCGCUUUUCUAUGGAGGACGUCAGCAAGCGUCUCUCUCUGCCCAUGGACAUUCACCUGCCCCCAGAAUUCCUCCAGAAACUAGAAAUGGAAAAUCCAGAGAUUAAUAAACCUCUGAGCAGGAUGUCACGACGGGCAUCUCUGUCAGAUAUUGGGUUUGGAAAGAUGGAAACCUAUGUUAAGCUGGAAAAGCUGGGGGAGGGCACUUACGCUACUGUUUUUAAAGGACGCAGCAAACUCACUAAGAAUCUUGUUGCGCUAAAGGAGAUCAGGUUGGAACAUGAAGAAGGGGCUCCCUGCACAGCUAUACGGGAAGUUUCCUUACUGAAGAAUCUAAAGCAUGCCAACAUUGUGACUCUCCACGAUAUCAUUCACACAAAAUGCUCCCUCACUCUUGUCUUUGAAUAUCUGGACAGUGACCUGAAACAGUACCUGGAUAACUGCGGGAAUCUGAUGAGCAUGUACAAUGUGAAGAUUUUCAUGUUCCAGCUUCUUCGUGGUUUAUCUUACUGCCACCAGCAUAAGAUCCUACACAGAGAUCUCAAGCCACAGAAUCUGCUCAUUAAUGGGAAAGGAGAGCUGAAACUUGCUGACUUUGGUCUAGCCAGAGCCAAGUCUGUCCCAACAAAAACAUAUUCCAAUGAAGUGGUCACAUUAUGGUACCGACCUCCUGAUGUCCUACUAGGAUCUACAGAAUAUUCCACUCCCAUUGACAUGUGGGGCGUGGGUUGCAUACACUAUGAAAUGGUCACAGGACAUCCAAUGUUCCCAGGAUCCACUGUGAAAGAAGAACUUAAUUUAAUAUUCAGAAUGUUGGGAACUCCUACUGAAGAAUCUUGGCCCGGCAUCACAUCCAAUGAAGAGUUCAAAACUUACAAUUUCACACAGUAUCGAGCCCAACCCUUGAUAAAUCAUGCACCCAGGCUAGACACAGAAGGAAUUGACCUUUUGACAAGUCUCCUCCUGUAUGAAGCCAAACGACGUAUUUCUGCUGAAUCAGCUCUACGACAUCCCUACUUUAUGAUCCUAGAUGAACGAGUGCACCUCCUUCCCGAGACUGCCUCCAUCUUUUCUUUGAAGGAAAUUCAACUUCAAAAGGACCCUGGCUGCCGAGGCUCAAGUUUCCAGCAUGUUGCUCGAGGAAAGAAUAGGAGGCAAAGCAUAUUUUAAGCCUGUUCAUUCAUUCGUCCAAUCACUGAGAAGAUUGAAGCACUGAGAGGAGAGAGGACCACUGGAUCCCCGGUAGUCCAUCCCCAGAAAGAUAAGGGGUGGCAUCUGCCAUACAAGAGCUGCUUUGCAAUCUCAGGCAUGCAGUACAGCUAUUUCUCAGAAGCCCACCUCUUUCGCCAGUCAGAAAGACAAAGAGAGACAUUGUAAAGCCUGGCCAGCUCCCAUUCUUCAUACAGCAAUUGGAAUAUGCCACUCAGGCAAGAUGGCGAGUGGCCUUGCGUGCUGCCCUGAAACAUGGAGGCUGCUGUUCUAGAGGGAAGCAGUUCCACUGUGGAAUCCACAUCAGCUUUGCUCCUUAGAUAACUCGUCACAGCCAAUGUUCUGAAUUCCAUUGUUUGUUUUCCUCCUCAUGAGAUGAUUUCUAUGACAGCUUGCAGAUAUGAGGAAUACGAUGUAACAAUGGAAAGCACUGAUUUUUAUGCAGAGCCCUCUCCCUCUGCCUUUAAACUU